GCUGGUAGCAUUCGGAACGGAAAAAUGAUUGCAAUUACAGACUACCUGCUGAGUCCGCUUGUAUAUGGGUCAGCUCUUUCGGCCAUUGGAAUAUAUUUUCUCAGACAAUAUAUGCAAGGAGGUCAGUUCACCCAGAAAACGGAUGAGACCGGCAGAGUUGUGAUUGUGACCGGCUGCAACCAGGGAAUUGGUAAGGAGACUGUCCUGGAAUUGGCCCGCAGAGGAGCCACUAUAUAUAUGGCUUGUCGCGAUAUGAAAAAGUGCGAAAAGGCACGCCUGGAGAUCAUCAAAGCUACCAACAAUCGGAAUGUUUUUGCUCGCGAACUGGACCUUUGCUCCAUGGAAUCCAUAAGGAACUUUUCAGCUGAAUUUAAGCGAGAGGAAAAUAAGCUUCACAUUCUUAUCAACAACGCUGGCGUUAUGGACUGCCCCAAAAUGCUAACGAAGGAUGGUUUCGAAAUGCAAAUAGGAGUGAAUCACAUGGGUCACUUUCUACUCACUCUUCUGCUCCUCGAUCUCCUGAAGAGUUCAGCCCCCAGUCGAGUUGUGGUCCUAUCAAGCAUAGCCCAUCGGUUUGGAAGAAUUAAUAGAGAUGAUCUAAAUAGCGAGAAAUCCUACGAUCGAAAGUUAGCUUAUUGUCAGAGCAAGUUGGCCAAUAUACUUUUCACGAGGGAGUUGUCAAAACGACUGGAGGGAACUGGAGUUACGGUGAAUGCCCUACAUCCUGGAGUAGUGAACACGGAACUCUUUCGAAAUACACCAUUCUUUGGAUCGAAUUUCGGAAAAUUACUUAUAGCUCCCUUUAUAUGGAUUUUUAUAAAGACUGCAAGGAAUGGAGCACAGACAUCCCUAUAUGCAGCUCUGGAUCCCAGUUUGAAAAAUGUUUCGGGAAAAUAUUUCAGUGAUUGCAAGCCAAAACAUGCUGGCUCUGCUGCCCAGUAUGAUGAGGACGCCGAAUUCCUUUGGGCAGAGAGUGUCAAGUGGACGGGUGCUAAUGCCUAAGAAACUCGAUGAUGCUUUUAUCUUCACCUUCAGGCUUUGUUAAACAUGUUUUGACCGGGUAGCUAUUCUAACAAAAAGUGCCUUCUGUUAACGUAACUUUUUAUUACUUUUCCCACAUAUGUACAUAUGCUUCUUACUUAUAGAGUAAUAUGACAAUAAAUUCAGGUACUCGUAGAUAUAAAGAUAAUGUUAAUAAUGCCAAUAAAAUUUUAAAUGUACAA